UCGCAGUGUAAUGCGAGCACUCGUCGUCUGCGCUGCUAGGUCGUCGCUACGGCCUGUCAGUCACGCGACGGCUGUCUUCCACAACGUGAAUGCACCACGGAAAUUCUCCAUAUCCCACAGACAUCAUUUUGAACCAUUACGAAUCUUGUUCUGUGGCUCGGACGACUUCAGCAACUAUUCAUUGCGUGCCUUGCAUCGGCUACAAAAGGAGCAGCCGGGAGUCAUCAGCAGCAUCGAUGUGAUAUGUAGGCCUGAUAAGCGCAGCGGGAGAGGUCUCAAAAAGGUGCAACAAGUACCGAUCAAGGCCGUGGCACAGACGCUAGAACUCCCCCUCCACCAAAUCGACUCUUUUCAACGCUGGUCUCCCCCCUCGCCCUUUGACCUGGUCGUGGCCGUAUCCUUUGGUCUUCUAGUGCCACCACGAAUCCUCAAUGCUGCACAGUAUGGCGGCUUGAAUGUCCAUCCCUCACUCUUGCCAGAUCUUCGCGGUCCUGCUCCCAUUCAGCAUGCUUUGCUUCAAGGACGAACACAUACUGGUGUCACUCUACAGACGAUGCAUCCAAGCAAGUUCGACCAUGGCAACAUCCUCGCCCAGACACCACUUCCCGGCAUCGACAUUCCCGAAGAUGCGUCAGUGGACAGUUUGGUUGAACUUUUGGGUUCACUUGGUGCCACCAUGCUGCAAGAAGGCAUUACAAAACGUCUCUUCCUACACCCCGAGCAAGCCGACAGUGCCAGCGAGGUCAAUGAGGCCGACCUAGUGCACGCUCCCAAGAUUACGAGUGAAGAUGCGCACGUUGAUUGGACGACUUGGCCAGCUGGCAGAGUCUCGCGAUAUGGACGCCUUCUCGACCUCUGGGACACGACGACCUACCGAGCAUGUACUGGCAAACCUCCCUUACGAGUCAAAUUUGGAGGGCCAUGGAAAGUGCUCGAUAGCAGCAAGAUUUCCUCUGCCGACUUGGCAUACUCCAGACCCUGUAGCCCUUUUGUUUGUCGCGUGGACGGCGAAAGGGGAUAUCAAUUUGCCAUUGAGACUGUGAAUGGAUACCUGAUGAGUCCACGGACUGCCAGCAUUGAGACGAGGAAACCUGGCACGGGCUUACAGACUCUCAUCGAGGGUUUACAAAUGGCAAGAAAGAAUUCGAGAUUGUAGUGCAACAUGCUAGACCUGGAAGAGACUCCGAAAGAAACCAUGCAAGAAACUGCGCAGCAUGAUGGAUCACUAGAAGGAGGGGCUUGAAAUUACCAGGUACUAUCAAUCUACUACUAACGAGUCUGAGUACUACUGAGAUAAGCUCUAUGCCCUAUCUUGCAGGGAGUCGAGCGACCCCAACUUUUGACUUGGCCCGCGGCCAAGCAUAUCGAAGCUUCAAGAUAGCAUCUCACUACAGCAAAAGAGCAAAACAUGUCUGUCGUACUGAAUGACAUACAGGUCAAUACUCGCCAUGAAAGCAUAUUGUGAGUGCGUGAGAUAGCAAUACUCCAGCAAAGACCAUUUCAGACAAGACUGUAUAAGCCAGGCUGCUAACAAUCUAAGCAUACACACAC